CCAACUUCCAACUGAACGUAUGCGUCAAGACCAGAACUAUAAAUUGUGUGGUUUUUUUAUCAUUUAUUUCUUAAAUUAUAAAAUACAUAUACAUACAUGUAGUACUGGACUGGCUGUGUGUAGAAACUACUUACGUAAUUCUUGAUUCAUCCUUACCGAACGUCCUGACGUCCAGCGUUACGUUUCGUGUAAGUCGGCUGAUUCCGCCGAAUCGGAUACUCCCAUCAUUAUGCCGAUCCGAGUUUCUCCUCUCGCCGAGGCAGACAUCCCAGGCGCCGUGUCCGCCAUCCAACAAGCCUUUGCGGACGAUCCAUACAACAAUUGGAUCUUUGACAAAUCUACGUUCAACCCGCAACGCAAUGCAGCCUCUCUUAGCAUUCGGUGCCGAUGGGGUAUGCGCAACGGCAUCUUCCACGUCGCAAAGGAAGAGGGCAGCGAUGAGGUGCUUGGAGUUGCUUGCUGGUUAAGGCCGCAAAGGGCAAACCAGCCACCGAGCUGGUCCGACUGGAUCGAAGACUGGCGGCUGUGGUUCAGCCAGGUCGGGAUGAACCUCUAUUACGGCCGAGGCGGCCUCAAUGUUAAGCGUUAUUACAUAUGGAAAGAGGCUCAAGCCAAAGCCCAAUCCUCCGUCUGGACGGACCCACGAGGCUACUAUUUUCUCAACAUCAUGGUUGUGCUACCUAAAGUCCAGAAUAGAGGGAUAGGCCGACUCAUGAUGAAAACUGUGACCGACCAGGCUGAUGCCGCGGGUAUGAAUUGCUACCUCGAAUCCAGCCGGGAUGUUCCCAACAUGCAAAUCUACGGCCGCUUCGGGUUCAAGUUUGCGAAGGAGCUAGAAUGCGACGACGACGGCGUAGCUAUAAAACUCUACGCUAUGGUCAGAGAACCCAGUGCUAAGCCACAGACAAAUUAAUCAUGCCUUUUCACGCCUACUUGUGUUGCGAAAUCCGAGCGCAACCAGACCACAACGGACGUGAGUUCCGCACGAGUCUAUAGAGCUAGAAGUUGAUGCCGUUAAUAUAGGUAUGUAGAAGUUAACUACCUACCUAUAUAGGUAAGUUGACGCAGUAAAAAUAUAACGAAAAGAGCUUCUAUCUACUACUAGCAAAGUCGUCUAUCGUCAUUGACUUCUCGCACCCACAUGAACUUUUUGAUUGGAGUCAGCAAUGCUCUCAGACCAAGACUUUACAGGGUGUUAGGUUGGGCGAGUCUGACUUUGUUUGAUACGCUGUCAGCAAUAGAAUUCUAAAGUAAAGAUCAAGAGACCGUUAUAUUAUUGUAAGCUCAAUAUGAGAAAGUGUGAGCCUAGGAGCACACCCACGCC